GUUUGUUUCUGUCUUGUCUCUCUCUCUGGCCAGGAACCCGAUCUCACCACCUCCGUCCGUCCCCCCCAACUACCUGUCAUUCUUUCUGAUCGGUCGGUCGCGUCAAUCCUUUAUUCACCAAGCAUUUCUCCUCUCCCCCACACAACUCCCCACACACCAUACUUCAUUACAUUCUUCAAGUUCUUCAAGAAAAUCACCAUGCGGUCCUCCCUCCCCUUUCUGGUCUCCCUGACCACCCUCGCCUCCGCCAUCAGCAUCACCCAACCCGCCCUCAACUCCACCUACGCGGCCGGCUCCACCAUAACCGUCAACUGGACCACCGUCGACACCGACCCCACCACCUUCAGUCUCUAUUUAUGGAACUUCGUCUACUGGCCGCCCACCUACUCGGCGCUAGCCCUGGACAUCCCCACCUCCGAGCUCUCCCACGCCGUGCAGAUUCCCUGCGACGCCACCCCGGAAUGGGGCUACCAGAUCAGCGGCAUCAACGGCACAAACGUGUACAUCAUCUACGCGCAGAGCGACAGAUUCUUCGUCUCCGAGAACCUUGACGCCGAGAGCUGCGUUGAUACCACCACCGCCACCCCGUCUACCUGCGCUGCGGCGUCCACUGUCUAUGUCACGCCUGGAACCGUCCCUAAGACUAUUGGUUGGAACUCAGACUAUUCCCACCCUGUGACCCUGGAUCACGUGCCGACCCCUGCGCCCGUUGCUUCGGCCUCAUCGGGACCGGAUGAUUUCCACACUGUUAGGGUGACCACGACGUUGGGUGUUGCUGGGGGCGAGGAGGAUGAUUGUGGAUCGGAGUAGGGGUA